AUGGAGCACCUGAAACCGCCUGAAGCUCUGAUAUUGUCUGUAGAGACGAAUAACGCCGAAGCAUGGCGGCGCUGGAAAAUGUCAUGGGGCCCUUACAAAGUUUCGAGCGGACUCGAUCAAAAGGAUGAAAACAUUCAAGUUGCUACGUUGCUCCACGUGCUUGGCAAUGAAUGGAUGGAAUUUUUUUCAAAUUUUGUGUGGGAUUCUGAAGAUGACCGGGAUAAAAUUGAGGCCGUGGAAGAAAAGUUCAAAGCUCAUUGUGCACCACUGACUCGAGGCACUUCAAUUGCUAUUUGUUUAUCGAACGGAAACAGCAAGACGGCGAGACAAUCGAUGAAUUUUGUAGCGCAUUGCAAACAUUAG